AUGAACCCCGCCGAGCUCUCGCUAUCCACCAUCGCCCCCGCGGUGACGAACCAUGUCGGCGGCAAGACGAUCGCGCAGCAAGGCGCCGCCGCGCUGGGUGGAAAUUCAAAAGUCGAGCGCGUGAACUUGGAGCCGAUAUAUCUGCAGUUGAAAGCCGCGCUGGGGGAGGGAUGGGGAGAGUAUAAACUCGCUUUGGGGCAGUUUGUGAAAGGAUGUCUGAAUCAGUCGGAGUUGGCGUGGGUGUUGCAGCCGGUGCUUUCGUCGACUCCCACGGCUGCUGCUGCGGCAGCGGAUGCGAAUAAGGCGCUGCCUGUGUCGACACUGCAUCUGCAUAAUACCCUCCUCGCGGCGCUUUAUGCGAACAGCAUACGCGAUCCUCCUCCUACCGAUGUUGCGCCAUGGGUUGUUGCGACGGACAAGCCGACGUCUACGUCGAAAAGCGCAGGCGCGGGGGCUGUUACGAAUGAUAAGUUUGAGGAGAGGCAGAAGAACGAGGUUAUGGGUAUGGCGCCGCGGGAUCGCAAGAGGAUUAAGGCGUUGAAGGAGGUUGGGAAGCCGGUCAAUGAUCCUUUCCAUGAGAUGCAUCUCUAUGCCAGCGAGCUGGUGGUCAAGCCUUCUUCGCAGACACAACAACAGGCAGAGCCGCAGAGCGCGACGGGCACGGGUCCAAGCACAGCGACGGCGACAUUGGCGCGGUCGAGCCAUGAUCUUGAGAUUCGGAGGCGGUAUGCGCAGACGCUGGCGUCGGAGGCGCUGGAGUUUCCUGGUGUCGCGGAUAUGCAGAAUCGGAUCGAGCCGAUUUGUUACGAGGAGGGUCUUACUGGAGGUGUGCAGCAGGGCGCUUUGCAGUCUGUUGCAGAGCUGGUCGAGCAAGCUGCUGAGGUGUUUGUUAAGGAGAUGCUGGGUGGCUUUCUCGGCCAUGCACGCUCUAACGGAGUGGGUGGAGAGGGCAUUCAUACGAACAAAUUCCGGAGACAGUUGCGCAAAGAGGAGAAUGAUCUCGACAGAGGCAUCCUGCAACGAAACGCGGCCGGUUUGCUUCCCAUUGAAAUGGAAAUGCAAGCCAAGCGCGAUCCCCUCGACAUGCAAGACCUCCGCCUCUCGCUCAAACUCGCCGAUCCCUACCUCGAGAUCGACCACUUCCUCGACGAAACCGUCAUGCUCACACACUACCCGGACAUCUCCACCACACCCUACCUCAACGGCUUCGGCGGCGACCACGGACGGCCCCUGACGAACGGAGUUAAGCGCUCCUCGACGGCGCCUCCCGAUCCUGACGCCAUGGAGUUGGACUUGGAUGUUGGCGGGUUCAAGGGUGUGGAGAAAAGGGAUCAGGAGAAUGUCCUCACCGCUCUGGAUGAUUGUUUGCUGGCUGCUGGGUAG